CCUCCUCAACUUCACCGGCAGUCUCAAGCUCCCAGAAUCUUCGACAGUUGCGCAGCCAACGACACUGAAAGCAGCUCCCUCGAACGCAGCGAACAAUAGUCUCAGUCCCCGCCAAAAUGUCCGGCAUCGAUCUCUACAAUGCCACCAUCGGCCUCUGCAACCACUCCCUCCACACCCUUCUCCACAUCAUCGAGAAGGCCAAGGCCCAUCCGGAUGCGGCCGAGCUCGCCUCAGCCCGCCUCUACCCGGACAUGCUGCCCUUCUCGUUCCAGGUGAUCAUCGUGUCCAACUUCGCCAAGAAGACGGUCGAGCGCCUGACCACGCCCCCGGAGCCGCUCCCCGUGUGGGAGGACAAGGAGACGACCUUUGACGAGCUGGUCGCGCGCAUCAACAAGACGCUCGCGCUGCUGGCGACCGUGAAGCGGGAGGACCUCGUGCCCAAGGAGCAGACCGUCCGGUACACGGGGAAGUUCGAGCCCGUCCAGGCCUCGACCGAGCAGUAUGUCCUGACCUACAGCAUUCCGAACAUCCUUUUCCACGUCACUACCGCCUACGACAUUCUGCGCCACAAAGGUGUGGAUGUGGGCAAGGCCGACUUCCUGCAGGGCUUCAUCAAGGACCUCAACCUCAAGCCCGCGGCUCAGUGAGGGUGCAAGGUGAUGGCGCAAGCGGGAAGUGUGCAGUGGGCGGGAAAAUGUUUGUCAAAACUGCUGUGCAUUCUCGUGCCGUUAUACUGUCAUUGAGCUGAA